GAGGUGCUGGUUGUAGGUCAGUAAGUGUCCUGCCUCUUUACUAGUAGUUUUGUCUGUGACCACAACAACACAUCUCUUAUUAAAGAUGGGGGAGAGGUUGCAAAGUCAAAAAAGCUAUGUUUGCUCUUUCUUUGAUUGUAAAGCUAAAUUCAGUAAGCCAUGGAAGCUAGAGGCUCAUCUUUGCAAACACACAGGAUUGAAACCAUUCUCCUGUGAGAACUGUGACAAGAGCUUUUGCACUCGCUAUCAGCUCACCAGACAUGAGCUCAAUCACAGUGGGGAAAAACCACACAAGUGUCUGGCUGAUGGAUGCUCUGAGGCCUUUGUCACGAAUACCAGCAUGAAGAACCACAUGGCUCGAGUUCACCAGCACCAGGAGAAGCAAUAUCGAUGCGACCAUCAGGGAUGUGGAAAGGAUUUCAACAAGAGAAAGCAACUGAAAGCUCAUAAAUGUGAACACCAACAACUUCUUCCAUUUCAUUGUUCUUUCAGUGGCUGUGCAAGAGAAUUUCCCACUCAUGGGAAACUGAAGCAUCAUGAGAGAGUGCAUGAAGGAUACCCUUGUGAGAAUGAAGCGUGUCCUUUUCAGGGAAAGACGUGGACAGAAUAUCUGAAGCACAGAAAAGAACAUAAAGUCAAGGUGCCAUGUGGCGAGUGCAAAAAGCUGUUUAACAACACCUGGUUCUUGCACCAGCAUGAGCUGCGCGUCCACUCUGGGGAGAAGAGGAAGCUGUCGUGCCCCAGAGAAGGGUGCGAUAAGGAGUUCACUCGUCGCUUCAACUUGGAGAGUCAUGUACUGGGAGACCACGAGGGCAAGAAGCCCUUUAGCUGUGCGUAUGCUGGCUGUGAGAAGAGCUUUGCCAUGAAGGAAAGUCUGUGGCGACAUGGAGUGGUGCAUGACCCAGCAAAGAAAAAGAUGAAGAAACUGCAUCCUAAAAAGAACCAGCCCUGGCGUAUGGCACAGCAGGUCAAACUGGCAGCUGCAGCCAAUCAAGCAGAGACCAACAAGCUUGCUGCAAAGCUGCGCAAUACAACUUUAAAGGAUAACAAAUCUUGAGGCUGCAUUAUAGAAGUAUCUGCUUGAAUGUGUUCAUUAAUAGUGAAACAAAUCAUGUAAUUUCUGUUUGACAUACUUUUUGUUAUUGUGAAUAUGAAUUAAAGCCUCAUUAAAACAGCA